ACCAUGGAGAGCAGCCCCAGCAGCCCUCAACCCACACAGUCAGAUCCACUGGAGGCCUUUCCCCAAAGGAGCCUGGAGCCAGGUGACAUAGCAGUGCUGGUUCUGUACUUCCUCUUUGUCCUGGCUGUUGGACUGUGGUCCACUGUGAAGACCAAAAAAGACACAGUGAAGGGUUAUUUCCUGGCUGGAGGGGACAUGGUGUGGUGGCCAGUGGGUGCGUCUUUGUUUGCCAGUAAUGUUGGAAGCGGACAUUUCGUUGGCCUGGCAGGGUCAGGUGCUGCUGCGGGCCUUUCUGCAGCUGCGUACGAGUUUAACGGCUUGUUUUUCGUGCUGAUGUUGGCCUGGAUUUUCCUCCCUAUCUACAUCGCUGGUCAGGUCACCACAAUGCCUGAGUACUUAAGGAAGCGCUUCGGUGGCAACAGGAUCCCCAUCACCCUGGCUGUGCUCUACCUGUUUAUCUACAUCUUCACCAAGAUCUCGGUGGACAUGUAUGCGGGCGCCAUCUUUAUUCAGCAGUCUCUGCACCUGGACCUGUACCUGGCCGUGAUCGGGCUGCUGGCCAUCACAGCUGUGUACACUAUCGCAGGUGGCCUGGCGGCUGUGAUCUACACGGACGCAUUGCAGACCUUCAUCAUGCUCAUAGGAGCACUCACUCUGAUGGGCUACAGUUUUGCCGCGGUGGGAGGCCUGGACGGGCUGCAGGAGAAAUACUUCCUGGCCGUGGCUAGCAACCGCAGUGAGAACAGCAGCUGCGGGCUGCCCAGAGAAGACGCCUUCCACAUGUUCCGAGACCCGCUGACUUCUGACCUGCCCUGGCCCGGGAUCCUCUUUGGAAUGUCCAUCCCGUCCCUCUGGUACUGGUGCACGGAUCAGGUAAUUGUCCAGCGGACUCUGGCUGCCAAGAACCUGUCCCAUGCCAAAGGAGGCUCUUUGAUGGCCGCUUACCUGAAGGUGCUGCCGCUGUUCAUGAUGGUCUUCCCCGGCAUGGUCAGCCGCAUCCUCUUCCCAGAUCAGGUGGCUUGUGCAGAACCAGAAAUCUGCCAGAAGAUCUGUGGCAACCCCUCCGGCUGUUCAGACAUCGCAUACCCCAAACUGGUGCUAGAACUCCUGCCCACAGGACUCCGUGGGCUCAUGAUGGCUGUGAUGGUGGCAGCGCUCAUGUCCUCCCUCACCUCCAUCUUUAAUAGCGCUAGUACCAUCUUCACCAUGGACCUCUGGAAACACAUCCGGCCUCGAGCCUCUGAGAAGGAGCUCCUGAUUGUGGGCAGGGCGUUCGUGCUGCUUCUGGUCUUGGUCUCCAUCCUCUGGAUCCCCGUGGUCCAGGCCAGCCAGGGUGGCCAGCUCUUCAUUUACAUCCAGUCCAUCAGCUCCUACUUGCAGCCGCCUGUGGCCAUAGUCUUCAUCAUGGGAUGUUUCUGGAAGCGGACCAAUGAGAAGGGAGCCUUCUCAGGCCUGAUCUUCGGCCUCCUCCUCGGCUUGGUUCGGCUGGUCCUGGACUUUAUUUAUGUGCAGCCUCUGUGUAACCAGAAGGAUGAGCGCCCAGAUGUGGUGAAGGUCCACUACCUCUAUUUCUCCAUGAUUCUGUCCUCGGUCACCCUGAUCAUCGUGUCCACUGUGAGCUGGUUCACAGAGCCACCCUCCAAAGAGAUGGUCAGCCGCCUGACCUGGGCUACCCGUCAUGACCCAGCACCACCAGUAGCAUCCCAGCCUCCGGAGGCCAGCGGCACCCACAUCCAGCUGGACAGCGUUCAGGAAAACACAUCCAAAUCCCACAGCUGUGACGUGACCCCAAAGCCGUCCAAAUUCACAAGAUCCAUCCUGUGGCUGUGUGGCAUGGAGAGCAAGGAAAAGGAGGCGCCUCCGAGCAAAGCGGAGCCCGUCAGUAUCUCCCUGGAAGAAAACCCCCUGGUGAAGAGCUUUCUGGACGUGAACCUCAUCUUCUGUGUCAGCUGUGCCAUCUUCCUCUGGGGCUACUUCGGCUGAUGUG